AAUCACAUCACGAGUGUCAUGUCAUUUUAUUCAUGUUAGUUGAUAAAAAAUUGUAAAACUUAUUUAUUUGCAUAGGAUUCUUCAGUAACAAAGCCAAAAUAUUAUGCCGUGAAAGAUUUUAAGCAUUUCGUAACGAAAUCGCCAGGAAUAUGGUGGAAGAAACAAGUGCAAACUCCAACAAGCCGAAGACGCGGGCUACUCGUCCUAAAGCUGUGUAUCUGUGGACCGAAGCGGAUGUUCAGAAAUGGUUAAGCCGACAUUGCAGUGACUAUUAUAACAUGUAUUGGCAAAGAUUUCAUGAGCAUGACAUAACCGGUAGAGCAUUAAUCCGAAUCAACGACACUACACUCCUUCGAAUGGGCAUCACCAACAAGGAGCACCGAGACGCCAUCUGGCGAGAGAUCCUCAAACUCCGACUCAAGACUGACAUCGUAGACAUCAUCGACCUGGCUCGCCAUUCAUACUUCGACUACGACAUGUGACAAAGAAUAUCGUGGGUCGACAUGGCCUACAUUAUACUAUUCAUUGUACUAUUCGGACAAUGUGUUAUGGACAAAUUUCUAUACCCAGAUGAACCCAGAUUCGACCUUAUAGCAUGUAUGGUAUACCUACACUUUGGUCUCGCCAGACAUUUUAACUUGAAUGGAAAAAUUUUAGAUAUUUUUGAUUUUACUCGUUUCCCAGCAUGGUUCUGUAUAUUAUGCUAUGUGUUGAUGUAUAUACGAGAAGUUUAUAUCCUUGCUCUUCAUUUAAAAAGCGUACAGAGUAAAGGAGUUGUAAAAUCUCCGUAAUGAAUAUAAACUGAAUUGUCUGUAAUGUCUGUAUAAACUUUAGCUAAUAAGGUUCUGAGGCGGACUUUCCAUUGAUUUUGAAAUGAAAUAAACUUGUGCCUGCUUGUUAACUGAAAUGUUCGCACCCAACGAAUACAAUCUCAUGAAUGUAGGUACUAUUUCGGUCUUUUAGUACAUUUACAAGUAGUACUCUAGUACUUUGAAACAUACUUAUGUGCUAUAUUGCUCAUACUCACCGAGAGCAUCCUGCGUGCUCUCGGCUGGUUCUAGUUCAGACGGUGUGGUCACUGAUUGCUUUACUGUCUUUGUCAUUUCUUUGGCUCCUCGCUGCCUUAUGUUUCAUGUCUGUAGUGUACUAAAUGCACUAAACAGCAGAAUCAUUUGGGAAUAGUCCGGUCUAGUACAGUGGACGGAAUCGUGUCUUUUGUACUAUCCUCGGAAGGCCCAAUGUACAUUACAACGUACACAGUGUUGCAAUCUUAUUUGAACCUUCCAUGAACUGAAUAAAGUAGAAUUUCCAUUGUUAUAUUGAUUUUUGAAACAAACGAAAAUCUUACCAAUUUAUUUAUUAUAGAAUAAAUAAGGUUCAAAUUCAAAAUGGGAAAACUAACUAUGGUGGGCCUUACGAGGCUAUAUGUACUACACAAGCAUACCCAUCAUCUCUGUCUUAAUAGAAAGGCAAUCACAAUGAAGGCAAGAGUUUUAUAUACUUACCCCCUUAUUCAUAAACGUAUUCUAAAAUUAUCAAGCCGAUAAUGUUCGUUUGUCCCUUUCCGACGUAUUGGUGUGAUAGAAAAGGACAAACUAACUUUAUCGGCUUGAUAACUUUAGCGUACGUUUAUGAAUAAGGGGGUAACACUUGUUCACAUUAUUAUUUUACACUAAAUAAACGAAUACAUAUCUAUAAAAAAAUAAGUUGAACAGCAAAUUAUUAUUAUAUUCCAGUGACAUUUGUACUAGUAAUAUUCAAGUAAAAUUAUUUGAUAUGUUUCUUAAGUAGGUGGCAGCACAGUAAUCUUAUCUUAAAUCUGCGGGGGCCCUUACGGAUACACUUCGACCCGUCGGGAUCUUUUGUGCAAUUACCCCCUACGAUCCUAAGAUCCUUCAGCUAUUCAGGAGCUUCUCGACCAUCUCCACGUAUCGGAUGAUGAGGCUCAUGGGUAGCUCUGAAGUCCUUUGGCACCAGGUUACCUGCUCCAAAGCACAGUAAUAUUGUAAUAGCUAAGUUUCAUGUCCAUACAAUAUCUGAUUAUUAUUAUAGAUGGCGCUAUACAGGGCGUAUUUUGAUAGCGGGCCAGCAAGGGCAGCUAUGAGAUCCCGUGGUCCCGAGACCAUCCCUCAAUUUCAAAUUGAUGAAAAAUGCCAUUUACAGAUUUUGGAAAAAACAUACAGGGUGCGAGAAAAAGGGCAUUUUUGACAAACUUUUUGACGCCAAUUGAUCCUAUUCCUAUCCAGGAUCAAAACCUUGUAAAAAAAAUUCCGGCUAGGAAAGUCACAAAUCGCGAAAAACUUUUCCAAUUUGCAAUCGAGGGACGGUCUCCUUAGACCAUUUUCGCGUAGGACCACGGAAUCUUAUAGCUGCCUUUACUGACCCGCUAUCAAAAUACACCCUGUAUAGUAUGUUUGUAUUCCAUACACCUGUACAAGAUUAUCAGUUUUGAUUCCUCAUACACAGGAUGUCCCAAAGUAAUGUGUAAGUAGGUAAGAAAAAAAAUUGGAACAUUUAUUUUUUGGACAUUCUUUAUUUAUUUGUCUAGAGUUUCUGUAAUAAUUUCAUUUAAAAAAAAAAACAUGUUAGAUAUAGUAAUAUUCAUUCCUUUAGCUGUGAGAGAGUAAGGUCUAUGUAAUAGGUAUUUUAAAUGAAAUGUAUAUAACGAAAUUUUAUUAUUAAGACAAGAACCUUUGUCAAUGCAUUCUGAAACAAAAUGAACAGUAACUUUGAUGUAAAUAAAUGUUUGACAAUA